AGUUCAAAGGUCAAGUCGGCCUUGUUUUCAAUAUUACUUUUAUAAUCAGACACAUCUUCAAAUCUGGAUUGAACACAUGGACAGCAAGUUGUCUUAUGCAUACCGUGAUUCUCGGCUCCUGGACGAGAGAGUUGUGGACAAGGCCUGGAGAAAAGACAGGCUUCCAGUGGUGGACAUUGAGGUACCUACAUACGAGCUGCCAUUACCAGAGGGUGUGGGUGAGGAGAAACUUCACCAAGACAACCUGAGCGUCCGGCAGAUUGAGGAGACCUGGAGAGAACGACUACUCGAGAGUGUGCCCCCUAAUCAGUGACGUCUUAAGAGUUCAUUUUACGUAUUAAGUUAUGGAGAGUGACCUUCACAGUGACCUCCGGGAGUGGAUAGCGGACCAUCUAGCAGCCGAUUGGACGACUGUCACUCAACUCAGGAUGGAGGAGAGUAAGAGAGAUCCACCAGAGGAACCAUUUCGCUCCCUCUACACCGCCAGGGAGUUGCUGUCAGGUAUGAGGGCUAAACUGGAUGCCUGUCCUCUCAAAGAGCUCGAGGAUUUCACUAUUCUCUCGUGUUUUGUUGGACUGGAAAUGGGCCUCAACUUUAUCAACACUGAGGAGAUCAGCUCUGGGGUAGAGUUGUUUGAAUGGUGUAUCAAACUAGUGGAGGGACUGCCCAGUAAAGUCAAGACUGCCUCCGUGUGUAUGCAAGCAUACAACCAGCUGGGGAUCAUUUGGGGGAACAGGAGCGAACAACAAAAAUCUCUCGAGGUUCUCCUGAAAGCCAAGGCCGUGUACGAAUCUCACAUUGCGCUGUCUCCACCUUUGACCUCUACCGAGUGGCUGGAAGGAAAACCAGUUAGCCAAGACAAACGAGAAAAGGAUUUUGAGAAUUUGCACACCCUCACACUGUUUUACUUGGCGCAAGUUUACGGGAAUCUCGGACAGGCGAAAAUAUCUGCUCAAUAUUGUCAGAAUACGCUGAGUCGGCAACUUGAAACACGAGAGUACGAUGCUAUAGAAUGGACUUUAAACUCUGUGACCUUAUCCCAGUAUUACCUUGGGCUUGAGCAAUUUGCCCAAUCAAGACACUGCAUUGCGUCCGCUACGUGUGUGUUACAGAACUACCUGAGUGAGACUUGUGAGGGAGAUAUGGAAGACGAACUUAAAGAGAAAGUUGAGAGUGUUGGAGCUGACGUGUCUCGCUGUUGGACCAAGUACGCUAUAACACUGUUGACCUGCUCUAAAGAACGACAAGAAGAUGAGUCAGAAUCAACUGAUCCUCCACGACAAAAAUUAUUUCGUUUUGACACUCUCGAGGUGGCUGAUUAUGAGAGUUUGGUGACCUCUGACCUCGUGGAAGGCUACGAUGGAGCAAAACCUGUAUUCCAACUUGGACAAAAAAAUAUCGAAAUUUCUGCUAAAUACUACACUCUGGAAACAUUUGCAUCGGAAAACGUCAAAAUUGUUCAGGACCACUCGUGCUUGUACAAACUUCUUGCUUUCUUUGAGACCUCCAAUGAAGUCAAGUGCCGAAUGCAUAAGAGGAGGUGUGACAUGUUGACCUCUGUACUCGGUGAACUGAACCCUCAGUAUUUCACUAGUACUUGUCAGGAGAUUAUGUUUGAAUUGGGCGAUAUCGAGUCAACUAGGGCAGAUCUGAAAAUCAUCACCGCCAGUGAAUCCCCCUCUGCACAUGGCAUAGCAAGAAUCAACAAACUGAUUGCAUCUGGUAUCGUGUUUUACGAGCGAUUUCUAAAGACAUUUGAAGACCCAGACACUCGUCAACUCUCUGAGAACAUUGAGGCUGAUAGCCUGAGGCCAGUGCUCUGUGCCAAGCUGUAUAUUGCCAGGCUCCACUCGAAGGUGGUGUGUGGGGAUCAAACAGGGCAGAAGUCCCAGCUAGUCAAGUCCCUGGCGCUGUACUCCUGGUUAGUGAGCUAUUGUGACCAGCACACAGAGAAAGCUGACAAAGCAUUUGCUGACUUCCUGCCGAUAUGUAGAGAGAUGGUUGAGCUGCUUCCUCGCAAGAUGGCCGCCGAUCUCAGAUAACAGAAAUACUCUUAAUACUUGAUGGACAAUUAUUUCUCAACUGCAUGUCUUUUGUCCCUAGUUUCAUGCUCUUUAUGUCACGUAUUAUAUAGUACUAGUGUGUCUUAUUUCCUAUUUCUGGUGAUUAUUUCGUGUAUGAUCGUGCGCUUCACUUGAUGAACAAAUUUUGUUUGAACAAUGAA